AUGAUUCCCAAGGGCUACCGGAUUUCUAUGUCACACCUCUUCUUUUACAUAUCUUCCUUCGUAAUCGCGACCCAGCUCUGGUCGAUAUGGCGCCAAUCCAGCAGCAACUACUCGUCCUGGGCCCCCAGCGACUGGGUAUUUGAGACUGAUGCCCACGCCAAUGUACAUACACUAGCUCACGAGCAGUGCGAUUCCGCGUUUCCCGAUCUAUAUUACAGCCUAGACAAGGCAGUCAGCCGGAGAGCAGGACGGAAAGUUCACAUCCAGGACAUUGAGAUCGUAGAGGGCAGAUGUAUGAUGCGGGUAAUGAUUUACCAGGGCGAGCUUUUUGUAGUCAACGCUGGAAAGCCUGAAGAAUGCUACGUAGUAAACGGCAACGAACGUGAACGUAUUCUGGGUACGCUUGCGCAGAUUGACCGCGCAAUCACGACCGCACCCACCUCUGAUCCCUCCAUACCAAACAUUGAGUUUUCGUUCUCGCUCGACGAUCUCCCACUACGAUCUAAAGAGAAAGGCGCGUUCUUUGGAUACACACGAAAGGAUACUCCAGAGUAUGACAACAUCUGGAUGAUGCCCAACUACGCAUACUGGAGCUGGAACUACACACACGCACCCAGCUGGAACAGCAUUCGCAGAGAGAUUGAGCAAGGCGAGAAGAAGACGCCAUGGCACAAGAAGGACCCCAGGGUGGUCUGGCGCGGCAAGAUCAAAAUGGCGGAGCUGCGGAAGGAGCUGGUCCGCGUCAGUGAGGGGAAGAGAUGGAGCGACAUUAAGCCUGUCGUGAUCAACAACGCAACAGACGUGCACACCAAAGAUGUCAUGAAUCUGCGACAAUUUUGCGGUUACAAGUACACAGUCCAGACCGAAGGCACCUCGUACUCCGGCCGCUUAAAGUACCUCCAGCUGUGCCGCUCAGCACUCAUCACACAUCCUCUCGAAUGGCAGGAGUUCCACACCCAUCUCCUGCGCCUUUCUGGCCCAGAUAUCAACUACAUCGAAGCCUCGAAGAACUUUGGCAAUCUGGAGGACGCGAUGGAAUACUACCGUGUUCACGAUGACGAGGCGGAGGAAAUUGCGAGGAACAGCUAUGAAACGUUUGCACGACGCUACUUGACUCCCGCUGCUAUUACAUGUUACUGGAGACGUAUGUUCACUUCGUGGGCUUCGGUCCAAGGCUACGAGCCGCAGCUGUACGCCCCAGAUGCACAGGGCAACAUGGUGAUGCGAGCAACACCCUGGACUGCAUUUGCAGCGAACUGGCCUAAGGACCCGUCCGUUAUUCCUUAG